AAACAUUACUGAGAUAUUUUACUCGCUUUUUUGGUACAAAGUCUUCCAAAUCCUGCGUCUGUUACACCCGCAGCAGAUCUGGCUUCAGCUGUAUGUGGCGAAUCGGAGAUCAGGGCUUUAGGGGGUUCUCUCUUAGGCCUCUCCUAAAGUGAGGUCCAGCCCUGUUUUUUAGGUGGGAAAAUGGAGAAGGGACAGUGAGCUCAGGUGGCUCUAGCAGAGCCAGGGCUUAAAGCCAGAGCCACUGCAAAGUUUGGGGCUUGAUGGAGCAAACCUCCUUUCCCUAGUGUGACCCUCCAGCUGCACCAUUGAGCCCUUAAUUGGGCAUCCAUCCUUUAUCCCUGGAGUGAAGCCUUACAGCAACCAGAGAGUGAGGCCACAGACUCUGAAAUCUUCUAGGACAUUGCUUUGAGGUCAUAUGUGAGAUACGAACCUAGGGCCAUUUGAACCCCAAAGUCUGGGCUUUUAACCCUCAAGGGCAAUUUGAUACUGAGCAGUUAAGGGCACAGACUUCUGAGUCAUUUCCUGGCUGUGUUGCCUUGAGUACAUUCAUGAGUCCCUCACAGCCUCAGCUUCCUCACCUGGAGAAUGGGGAGUUUGGGAGGAUCCCAGGAGAUGAUGCCAGUAAAAGGCAGAUUGCAGACCCUAGCUGCAGGUUCUCAAAAAAAAAAAAAAAACCAAUUGUUAUUAUUAUAUCUUUAUUUUUCUGUUGCCAUUAACUUCUCUGUUGCUUUUCUUCCUCCUAAGUCCUUUAUUCAACGAUUUCUUCAAUGGACAGAAUUAUUAGAUCCUACAAAUGUGUUCAUUUCAGUUGAAAGUAUAGAAAACUUGAGGCAACUAUUGUGCACAAAUGAAUAUGCCUCCAGAUCCGCCUUGGAGGACCAAAGGAUACAAGAAGCUUGGAAGCGGAGUCUUUCAACAGUGCAUCCUGACAGCAGCAACCUGAUCCCCAAUCUUUUUCGACCUGCAGCGUUCCUGCCUUUCGUGGUACCCGCGGUAUUUUUUUCAAUGAUGCCACCAAAAGGGAUCAAGUCCAUGAUUUUACCCAAGGUUUACCUCUACGGGUACCUGACAGCGUUCAGCAUCACCAAUGGAAACAGAAGUUACACUUGUCAUACACUAGAAAGAUCAUUCCUAGGGUUGGCAGCCUUUGCUUCUUCAAGCUUCUUUGGAUUAAUGCCUAACUUUAUCCAGAUGAAGUUUGCCUCGAAUACCUUUUUUAUGAAAAGAAUUUUACCUGUAGCUAUCCAGGCACAAGUAAGUGCAAUGAAUGUCUUAACAUGCCGAAGUCUUGAGACCGCUAACGGGAUUGCAGUCAUGGACAAGGAAGGCCAUGUCCUAGGUUAUUCCAGAAUUGCUGGGGAAAAGGCUGUUAGAGAAACGGCAGUAUCCAGGGGAGUGCUGGUUGGGACCUCAGCUGUGAUUCCUGAAGUCUUCACCUACUUCUUUAAAAGGACCCCGUUUUUACUGACAAACGCAGGGUCAUUGUGGAUCUGGAAACUGGCUUGUACUGUCGGGUCAAUGGGACUGAUGUUGCCAAUUUCUUUUAGUUUGUUUCCACAGAUUGGACGGAUACAGUGCAGUCAUCUGGAAGAGGAUAUUCAGUCUUUAACAGAAGAAACGGAACUCUUUUAUCACAGAGGGUUGUAGGCGUGAGUUUUAGGUGAAUGUCUAUGGUUCCUGCCUGAAAACCUUGCCCUCUCCAGGUUCGGUUUAGAGAACUCUGCCACAGGUCUUCUGGGAACCCCAGAGGUGUCUGUGCUGACAAGGUGACUUAAAAUUCCACACUGAGAUCGUUCCCAGGCUGGUCUGUCUGGGGUUUUUAAGGCUGGCUAGAGAAGACAGCAGGAAGGGACCCCCAUCUGACACCUUGGGGGUUGUUGAGGGGAUGGUUGCAGUGAGUCUCAGCCUGUGAAAGGAUACUGUGAAAUCACUAAUUAAUAAACCUGUCUCAAGUUGAGUAUUUGAAGAAAGAA